AUGGCGGAUUCGACUCUGGACGUGAUGGACCCGCGCCUCCGGUCAUCCACACCUGGCGGCACGUCGCUCACGUUGCGAAAUCUAGAAGAGCCUGACCCGGGAUAUGGCUCGAGCGAUGAUGCUGAGAGAGAAGGGGGCGACGGCAGCACUGAACCUGGGAAGAAGCGUCGCAAGCUGAAUCUUUGGAAGUGUAAACAAUGUCGUGAGGCUCGGAAAAAGUGUUUGCCCGAGGGUCGCGUAUGGCCUCAGAAAUGUAACCGGUGUCUCCAGCACCGCCCGGGAGAGCUGGAAUGCUCUGAACCUGAGAUGAACACGCGCACGAGAGGCAAGAACGUACCAAAGGAUAAGCCUGAUCCCCGGCGGUCGAAGACUGCAUCUACUCCUGAUAGAUCAGAACCAAGACGUGUUGUAAGCGACAACGAGGAUUUAGAGACCGAAGUCACUCACGACAGACCUAUCCCAAUAACAAUCAAGAGAGUCAAGAGGGAAAGGCAAGGGACGUCGAUAGAAUCUAUCGCGGAGAAGAAGGAGCCAAUCACAGAGAAAGAACAACCCCCGGCCGUUUUAUACCUGAAACUAGCCGACGAUCAAUUCAGGAUCUUGCAGCUAGAACCAGGCAAGAAGGAUGAAAUUCUGAGAUGCUCGUUCAUUGUACAAUCCAUAGAUAAUCCUCCAGAUUACGAAGCGAUUUCUUAUGCUUGGGGUGGCAAUGAUACCCAACAGCUCACGUUUCGAGAGAUUGAGCUGCUAGACAAUCAGCAGCCACCUAAAUCCUACCGGAUAUUCAUCAGAACCAUGGUCCAUUCAGCACUCCACAGUUUGCGCCAUCCUAAUAAAAUACGGCGUUUUUGGGUCGAUGCCCUUUGUAUCCACCGAAGUAACGAGGACGAGACGAACCAUCAAGUCGCCAUGAAAAGCCUGAUUUUCUUUAAGGCAGAAAAUCUUUGCUUCUGGCUCGGAGACGACCCUAUAUACAGGGCUGCUAUUGCUUUCAUUCCAAAAAUUGUUGAUCUCAAGGAAGUUGAUAAGCUCGUUGAAGACCAAAGUAUGGUUGAAAGGUGGCUUGCUUUCGUUACUUUGUUGAAGAAUAACGUCUUCAGUCGUCUCUGGCUAGUCCAAGAGGUAGCUAUCGCCUGGAACGUCACCCUCCAUUGCGGUGCCUCAACCAUCCACUACACAGACUUCGUCGAUGCUGUCACAAUAUUCUUGUCAUGUCGUAAACAUAUCUCGGCACUCUUUCGGGCUGAUGAAAAAGACCCGAGGACUCUAACGGACCGAAAAAUUACAAUGGUCGAACGCUUUAUCGAGAUAACGACAAAUGCUCUACGCCGCGAUCCGAACAAUCGGCAGGCUCGAGGUAAAUCACUUCAACGGUUACUGAAUUUGGAGGCCUUGGUAUCCAACCUCAGCGAUCUAAGUUCAGGCGAUCACAAAGACAGGAUAUACUCCGUCCUAGCCCUCGCCAAAGAUGGACCACUAUUGUUCGACGCCCGAAAACCAACUCCAGGGGACACCUUUUGGAUCGAUUACGGCAAAAGCAUUCUCGAAGUGUAUCAGAAUUUCUUCAUGCAUGUCGUCAGAACUUCCAAGACCUUGGACAUCAUGUGUCGGCGGUGGGCGAGCUGCGUUCCAGAGAAGGAAGAGAAUCUGCCGACCUGGAUCCGCCCUCUACAAUCAAGUUCCCAGCCUCAAAUCGACAGCAAAGUCUCCGAACGCACCGACUAUGAAAGGACCGACGCCGACAGCCUCGUGGGUAUCCCCGAUCAUCGGUGGUACAAUGCAGCCAAGAACACCGAGGCCAAAUUCGAGUUCAAAUCCCCAUCAGAUUCGAACGAUAAGAGAAAGCUUUUCUUCGUUCACGGCUUCCGGCUUGACACCAUUUCGAGGCUCGGGCCACGGGCUGCUGAGGGUAUCAUAUUAUACGAAUGGCUUCAACUAGGAGGCUGUGUCUUAUCCGACGAAGGCGAUUACGUUCCAGAACUAUUCUGGCGAACUCUCGUCGCUAAUCGUGGACCCAACGGCUCAAACGUGCCGUCCUGGUACCGCCGUGCCUUCCUUCACUGUCUGGCCGAAAGCACACCCAAUGGUGACAUCAACACCAAAGCCCUGAUCAAAGCCUGCGAAGCCGACUCCGCUCUCGUAGUGGAUUUCUUGCAGCGCGUCCAGAGCGUGAUAUGGAAUCGCAAAUUUCUGGUCUCGAGGGACAAUAAGUGGAUUGGAUUGGCGCCGAUGGCGGCCCAGGAGAACGAUAUAAUUUGUAUCCUUCAUGGGUGUAGUGUGCCGGUCGUGCUGAGAGAAGUGCAAGGGCAGACGUCUUGGGAAUUGGUGGGUGAGUGUUAUGUUCAUGGGAUGAUGGACGGAGAGGCUAUGGCUAUGGAGGGUAGGGAUACGACUGUGACGGAAGUGUUUGAGAUUCGUUGA